CGGACAGCAGCAGCAGCAGCAGCAGCAGCCACAGUUGCCACAGCAGCAGCAGCAGCAGCAGCAGCAGCAGCAGGACGUUUGCCGCAGGAACUACGCGCAAGACAGGCAGAGUCCCGUCUACUACAGGGCCAGCUCCACACCCGUGAACGAUACUACGGGCUCAAGAAUCAUUCCCCGAGGCUACUGCUUUGGAUGCCCGAUCCCUUUUGCAUCCACAUCUUCCACCAAACACCCCUAUUGGCUCCGUCUUUGACCCGUGAAGCUUCCAGCUGUCCCAGGGUUCCUUACCUGUUUUUUGCACCAACGAUUCUUUGUCAGAUUCCCACUGAUUGUGAGAAGCUGGUUCCGGUUUUGCCUCUCUCAUCUCCCAGAGGGACACCCCAAGGGCUGAUUCAGCCUUUAGGCCACUAGGCAACGCUGCCCCCUCCCUACUCAAGUUGGACCCUCCCCACUUCACAAUGGCUAGCCUCUCAAAUAGUGCCAGUUCACAAAUCCCCACCCCACUGCUUCCUUGUACCCCCAGCCACUUGUGGCCAGGUUCCCCCUCCAACCCUGGCACCCCCCAGAGUGACCUCAGCCCCCAGCCCCUCCAGGGCACUCCUCUCAGCCCCCAGAGUGGCACCGGUUUGCCACGCUUCCCUUUUGAUCUCUCCCCCAUCAGCACGUCUGCCACUCCCCAGAAUGACCUCAAUUACUCACAAGCCUCCCCACUGUUGUUUUCUCACUCCUGCAGAUCCCUAGAGUCUGGCUCUCCCAGCAGCCCCCACAGCGGCAUCAGUCCUCCGCCCUUCCCACCCCAGCGCACCCCCCUCAACUCCCCGAGAGACUUCAGUUCUCCCCACUUUCCAUUUGGGUUUAGUUUCCCUCCCCUUCCUCCUUCCGCGAAGACCCCGGCCAGCUUCAUGAAGCAGUAUUCCCCUUGGCAGGCUCCUGCGGUCAAUUCGCCCUACUGCCCCCCAUCACGAACGGCCAUCAGCAAUCUCAUCAGAGCCCACAGGGCCCCACCGGUGCAAGCGUCCCCUCUCCUGUUUUCUCCCUCUGGCAGCGAGGAACUGGAGAGCUCCAGAAGCCAGCCGGCCUCAGUGAGGGGGGGCACUGGCUCCCUUCCCGGGGAAGGGGUUUCCCCACAGCUUCUGGGUCUGCUCUCAGGAAGCUUCAGAAGCCAGCCGGCCCCCACGCCCGGCUCCAUCUCUGGAGGAGGCUUCCAGGGAAUGACGAGUGUGUUUCCAGGGGACGCUCACUCUAUCUCCCCACAGCUUCUGGGUCUCCUCUCGGGUGGCUUCAACACCCAGAGUGCCCCCUUGGCCUUGCAAACCCCACCUCUGGGUAAGAAGGCCCUAGGACUGGGCUCCCCAGAAGAGUGCCCCUCUCCCCUCAGUGGCAUGGCUUCACCAGAUAUCCCCGCUAUUUUCCGCAGCAACCAGUCUCGUUCGGACCCCUUCCAGUUGUCAGAUGAUGCCUCCGGUUUUGAUUCCCAGGGUGACAUUUCAGCAGCUGGCUCACCCUUCAGCCCCAUAGGCAACCGCAACCUCUCUCCAGUCCCUUGGGAACUUCUCCAUGGGGCAGGGCCUGGCUUCAGCCCUCAGAAUGGCAGCAUCCGUUCACCAGCACUCCCCAGCCCGCUGGGCACUCCCAGCAGUGGCCUCGGAGCACACUACUUCCAAGCUCAGCCCUCUUCCGCCAGCCCCCCGUGUGAGCAAAAUUUGCAAAACGUGCCAACUCCGCUUUCUGGCCACGAGGAGAGCCUCGCGGACUACCUCCUACCUCCUUAUUUCUAUAGCCCAUUCAACUCACGGAAAAUUCCAAGCAUGUAUUCUUAUGUCCAGGCACCAGCCUAUAUGGCAAGGGUGGGUUACGUCCCCCCAAAGACACCAAGACCUUUUCUGCCUCUCCCUCAAUGGGUCUUUGAUAGGGUAAUGGCCCAAAAUGAAUCUUGUGCUGGUGCCCCCUGGAUCUUGCAAACCCCACCUCCAGGAAGGAAAGCCAGGGCACUGCCCCCUGGAGAAGAGGGUGUCUCUCCUAUUAGCUCUAGAAGCCCCCAGAGUGACCUCAGUGCACAGUACUUCCAAGGCCAGGCCUCUUCCCCCAGCCCCCAGAGUGGCCUCGGUGCACAAUACUUGCAAGCUCAGGCCUCUUCCCCCAGCCCCCAGUGUGACCUGAGUGGCCCACUUCAGAGCACUCCCAUCAGCCCCAUGAAUGGCCUCGGCUCACAAUAUUCCCAGCCACAGUCCUCUGACCCCUUCAGCUAUCUCCAGGCCCCUGGCUCCCAGAGUGACACCAGUCCUCCACUCUCCUCACCACAGUGGCCCCACUCUAUCCCUUGCUACUACCCUUCCACCAGCCCUGAUUACAGCCCUUUCGCCUUCCUUCCUGUCCGCCCCAACCUGGUGCCCAGUUCCCCAGAGUCCCCACAGACGUCCCUUCCCACCAUGCCUAGCGGCCAGAACCCUCCUCCACCCUGCCCUCCCCUUUCCCCCCUGCUGGGUCAGAAGAACAGGUCUCCCCCACUACAGCUGCCAGGCUUGUCAGGCGACCUAUCUCCCAUCAGCCCCCAGAGUGGCCUCGGCUCACAAUACUUCUUACCUCCAGAUUCUCCCCCCAGCCCACCAUCCCCUCCUACAUGGUUUCCUUACAACAAUGCAGCAGUCCGACAGCUCCUACAGGGGUACGUCCCCCCAAGUACACCCAAACCAUACCAACGAGUCUUCCCACAUCCUCCCCGCUUCAUCUUGCAACCCCCACCUCCAGGAAGGAAAGCUAGGGCACUGCCCCCUGGAGAAGAGGGUGCCUCUCCUCUCAGCCCUAGUAGCCCCCAGAGUGGCCUCGGUGCACAAUACUUGCAAGCUCAGCCCUCUUCCCCCAGCCCCCAGAGUGGCCUCGGUGCAGAAUACUUCCAAGCUCAGCCCUCUUCGACCAGCCCCCAGAGUGACCUGAGUGGCCCUCAAUUCUUCCCACCUCAGAGCACUCCUGUCAGUGCCCUGAGUGGCAACUGUAUGCCAGGCUUGUCAGGUGACCUCUCUCCCAUCAGCACUCCCAUCAGCCCCCUGAAUGGCCUCAGUGCACAAUACUUCCAAGCUCAGCCCUCUUCACUUAGUCCCCAGAGUGGCCUCGGUGCACAAUACUUUCAAUCUCAGCCCUCUUCCCUCAGGCACCAGUGUGACCUCAAUUUGCAAAUGGCGCAAACUCAGCCUUCCACCCCCGAGAAUAGCCUCGCUGACCACCUCCUACCUCCUGUUUUCCUCAGCCCAUUCAACUCACGAAAAGUUCCAAGCAUUUAUUCUUAUGUCCAGGCACCAGCCUAUAUGGCAAAGGUGGGUUAUGUCCCCCCAAGGCCACCAAGACCUUUUCUGCCUCUCCCUCAAUGGGUCUUUGAUCAGGUAAUAGCCACAGAUGAAUAUUGUGCUGGUGCCCCCUGGAACUUGCAACCCCCACCUCCAGGAAGGAAAGCAAGGGCACUGCCCCCUGGAGAAGAGGGUGCCUCUCCUCUCAGCCCUAGAAGCCCCCAGAGUGGCCUCAGUGCACAGUACUUCCAAGGUCAGCCCUCUUCCCCCAGCCCCCAGUGUGACCUGAGUGGCCCUCAAUUCUUCCCACUUCAGAGCACUCCCAUCAGCCCCCAGAGUGGCCUCGGCUCACAAUACUCCCAGCCACAGUCCUCUGACCCCUCCAGCUGUCUCCAGGCCCCUGGCUCCCAGAGUGACAUCAGUCCUCCACUCUCCUCACCGCAGUGGCCCCACUCUAUCCCUGGCUACUACCCUUUCACCAGCCCUGAUUACAGCCCUUUCGCCUUCCUUCCUGUCCGCCCCAACCUGGUGCCCAGUUCCCCAGAGUCCCCACAGAUGUCCCCUCCCACCAUGCCUAGCGGCCAGAACCCUCCUCCACCCUGCCCUCCCCCUUCCCCCCUGCUGGGUCAGAAGAACAGGACUCCCCCACUACAGCUGCCAGGCUUGUCAGGCGACCUCUCUCCCAUCAGCACUCCCGUCAGCCCCCAGAGUGGCCUCGGCUCACAAUACUCCCAGCCACAGUCCUCUGACCCCUCCAGCUGUCUCCAGUCCCCACCCUCCAGUCCCCACUCCUACAGGAACUCACUAGCCAUCACAUCUGGCUCCCAGAGUGACAUCAGUCCUCCACUCUUCACACCACAGUGGCCCCACUCGAUCCCUUUCUACUACCCUUCCACCAGCCCUGAUUACAGCCCUUUCGCCUUCCUUCCUGUCCGCCCCAACCUGGUGCCCAGUUCCCCAGAGUCCCCACAGAUGUCCCCUCCCACCUUUCCUAGCGGCCAGAGCCCUCCUCCACCCUGCCCACCACCUGCCCCCCUGCUGUGUCAGAAGAACAGGACUCCCCCACUACAGCUGCCCCGCCAAGGGGUCAUGUCUCCCACUCAAUGUUUUGGCGCGAGACCUAUGCCCACCAGGGGACAAUUUUUUUCAUUCUCUUCACCUCCACCUCAAGCACAAGCCCAAGUCUCAAAAGCGCCACAGAAGCCAGCUGACAACUGUCCUGAUAACUAAGCCAUGUCUCUGCACAACGCCAAACCAAAGAGUAACACGGCCACCCAUCCUGAACCUGUCUUCAUGGACUCGAGAACAGCGUAACGGCACAACCAGCUGCAAUUACAACAUCAUCAUGAACGAGCUGAAAUCCACGGACUAUAACUUAGAAUACACUGCAAUCACUUACGGCGUCCUCUGGAACCCACCCAACACCGCUGGCGCCGAGGGAGACUUCCAGUGCCUGUUGAACACCCUCAGUACCACCAUUGCCCCAGAGACGCACACCAAACGCAUCAUCCCACUCAGUUGCCUCCAUCGUCUGUCACAGACCAACAAGAAGCCCUUGUCCAUCUGCUGAUGACCACUCCCGACCACAGGGCGCACCCCUCUGCAAAUGCAAUAAACCAUCUGAAAAUGCCAA